AUGGGACAUCAGCAGUGUUGCUUUGCGCUCAUUUCGGGAGCCUCGGGCAAGUGGAGACCCUCGCCUUUCACAGACCCCAUGGUUGCAGCGCUAUGUGUGAAAGACUGCUUCUGUAACCUGCACCACAGCAACAGCAAGAACGGGAUGAAGAGCAAGACGAAAGAGAGAGCAGGGAGGGGGGGAGACUUUUUCAAAACGCCGUCCUUCCUAGCCAAGGCAAUAAACCCAGAGUGGGUGGAGCUCCACAAAUCCAGAGGCUAUGAGAGUGAUGCCCACAAGUUGUUCAUGAGAGCAACAGUGUUGGUGGCGGACCUUUUGAUUUACCUUCCUGCUGUGGUCUUGUACUGUAUGUGUCUCGGCGAUGGCUCUCCACGUAAAAAGACCUCUGUUCUCCUGUGCACUCUGCUGUAUCCCGGCCUGAUUCUGAUAGACUAUGGGCAUUUCCAGUACAACGGGGUGAGCCUGGGUUUGGCCUUGUUGGCUGUUCUGGCUUUGGGUCUGGGUUGGGAUGCUCUGGGCUCCAUGUUCUUCUGUCUGGCUCUAAGCUACAAACAGAUGGAACUUUACCACGCACUUCCUUUUUUCUGCUACCUGCUGGGAAAGUGUUUCAAACAAGAAAGCGUGUGGAAAGGGUUGUUCUUGUUGGUGAGAAUCAGCGUUACAGUGCUACUGACUCUUGCUCUGUGUUGGCUGCCCUUCUUGUCUGAUCCCAGCCAGGCCUUGCAGGUGCUCAGAAGAAUAUUUCCUGUGGCUCGCGGCCUGUUUGAGGAUAAGGUGGCCAACACAUGGUGCAGCUUGAACGUGUUGAUAAAGAUCCGGAGCAUUGUGUCCAGUGACUCGCAGCUCUACCUCAGUUUGGCUUGUACUGUGCUGGCAGUUCUACCGUCUUCACUUCGUCUUUUGACAAAACCCACAUUUUGGCAGUUCAAACUGGCUUUGGUCAACUCCUCGCUGGCGUUUUUCCUGUUUUCAUAUCAAGUCCAUGAAAAGUCCAUUCUCUUGGCCUCGUUGCCGGCCUGCCUUCUGCUGAGCGACCUUCCUCUCAUCGCCAUCUGGUUACUGCAGACUUCAACAUUCAGCAUGCUGCCGCUGUUUGUGAAAGACGGGCUGCUGGUGCCUUACGCCGUGACCUCGCUGGCCUUCCUAUACUUCAGCGUGUAUCUGCUCUCACCGCUGAGGCACUGUACGGAGCAGGAGCUGAGGAUUGAAGGCUACCGCAAGAUGCUGUUCUGUCUGCCAAAGCGCGACCUGGGAUGUGUGGUGAAGUGGAAGUUCUGCAUCAGCGUCCUGGCCAUGGUUGCUCUGAGCAUUGCCAGUGUGACAUCAUCGCCUCCACCACAUCUACCAGACUUGUUUCCGGUGCUCAUAUCUACGUUUUCCUUUAUGCAUUUUAUGGGAACAUACGUGUAUUUCAAUAUUGUCCAGUUUACAGAGCCACCCAGCAAGAAGAGCCAAAAGAAGACCAGCUAA